UAUAUUUUACCUAAAGUUUGUUUUUAUAAUCAUUAUAAAUGCAUUGAUUUACUUAUGAUCCAAUAGAAAUAAUUAAAUAUCUUUUUGAUGUAUAAACCAAUGAAAAUCUGCUAAAUCAAAUUAUAACAAUUUUAAAAUUAUCUUCGUAUUUUGCAGCCGCUAGUUUUUAUAAGACAUUUCCUCAAUUUUCAAGAAACUUUUUAAACGUAAACUUAAACAAAGAAGUUCAAUAACCGCAUGGGUGGUAUGCCAUCACGAAAUAUAGUUAAUGAUAACGUUCUAUAUCCACAAGCAGAUAUGACAUCACAUAAUAUGAAUAAUGAUGACGUUUUACAUUUACAAGCAGAUAAUAAGCAAAUGGCUAGCGAGACCGCGCAAAAUACAAAUAACGAUGAUGUUGUUACUCCACAGCCAAAUGAAGAAAAUUUAUUAGCUGACAUUUUAGGGGAUGACGUUAAAGAAAUUAAAACACCUAUUUUUGAAACUGGAAACAAACUUGCAAGUUUUGUAAAAGGGUCGUUGAAUUUGGCUUAUUUAGCAGCAAAGCAAUCUAAAUCAAUUGAUGAUUGGGUAAAAAAUGGCGCUGUUACGUUGACUUCUCUCUACGAAUUGGGAUUGGGUAUUCAUCAAACUAUCAAAAUAAAAGAAAAGAAAAACAUACGCGAAGAGAGGUUUAGAAGACAAGCAAUAGAGUUAAGAAGAGAACUAAUUAAUAUGAUGACAGGCGAAGAACCGGACGAACAGGAAGAAAAUUUUCAAAAAGCAAGCCAAGUAUAUCUUGCGCGUUAUUACGCAACCUAUUACAUCGAUGAAAUUUGCUAUGAUAAAGAAAAAAGUAAAAAACAAAAAAAAGUGCGUUUGUAUCCAUCGAUUAAAAAUUUUGAAGAAUAUUUUUCGUCUAGAGGUACACUUGCUGAAAAAAUAGAUAGUUACAGAAAAAAGCUAGUUAAGUUAAAUAUUGACAAAGAAAUACCAAACACCAAAACCAGUUAUUUUGCAUACGUAAACUAUAUUUUAAAGAAAAAUUAUCUUGAGUUUGUUAAGAAAGAGCGUCAAAAGGAAUUUGCCUUGAAAUAUAAAUUGUACAGAGCAUAUUUAAAACAUGGGGAGUUUGAUGAACAAAUUUGUUGUGGCGAUCAAAAUGAAGAAAUAAAAACCUUCAUUAGUAUUUUAAUAUUACCUGGAAUUUAUUAUUCUUUUUCAAGAGUAAUGCGUGAGUAUAAAUGGAACAGAAACAUUUUAAAACUAGAAGAAAUUAUGAGGUCUUACUUGAAAGUUGAAUCAAAAAUUGAAGCUGUUGUAAAGAAAAAACUUGCUAUUGAAAAACUAAAAUACUACUGUGAAUUAACAGGUUCUAGAUAUGGGAAGUUAUUAUUGGAUCUAAAUCUAAAAGAAUUAAGUUAUGAAUUUAAAAAUAGUUCGUGUGAAGAAAGCUUUGAGGUUGCUUUCGACUUAUUUCAAAAAAUGAGUAAUGUAGGCAUUGCAAAUCGAAUGAACUACGUGCAUUUAAAUAUUGAAUAUAAAAAUAUUUGAUUCCAUGAAUGAGUUAUUAGCUAGUUUUCUAAAAA